UUUGUUCCCUUUAACGUCCUCGUACGUUUUUUAUCAAACAUGGUGCUGAACUGAACUGAAAGUGGGGGGGCGAAGACAACCUAGCUGGAGGUUUUGUGCUUGUUGAAUUCGCCUUCUUUAGACCCGCUUCCUCGUAAGUUUUUUUUUUUUUUUUUUUUUAAUUACUAUUAUUUUGGUACCACUGCCACUAACUAACUUGGCGGUUGCUAUGGCUGCGAGUUCAUGCGAGGCUGGCCGACAGGGAAGUGACGACCGGGGCUGUUGUUGGGACACGUGACGGGAGCUGGCGCUGAUCUGUUUUGACAAGCAGCGCUGGGGAGGGAAGUGAGGAAGGGAGGCAGGCUGCAAGCAUCACGACCAGGAGGACUCAGUGUUCCUUUCAUCUGCAUCUCGCCUGAAUAAUAUCAGUGUCGACCUUCGUUCUCCUGGUUUUAAGCAGACGGGACCGUGUCAAGCGACCGAAAAAACGCCAACGGCUGCUCGGCGAACGCUCGCGGAAAACAAAACAAACAAAACAAACAAACAAAAAAACCGUUUCGAGCGGAGUCGGGCUGCUUGUUGUCGCCGUUGAAAAGUUUUAAUGAAGAACGCGAAGGAAGACGGCAGCACAGGUGGCGUUUCUAGCGUCAAGUAGAUGGCGGCGGUACCGCGGAUGGACGGGAAAGUGGACCACGUCCUCGUAACAUUUCGUGAGAACGAAUGAUACGUUGACUAUGUCCCCGUCGUAGCGAAGAGUAGGAGAAGAAGAAGGGGGGAGAAAAAAACACAGGGAAGGUCCGUCAUCGGGAAUCGUUGUUUGUAGCCGAGCUGUGGCUACCUGCUCUACAGUGGGGGGUUGGGAUGUUUUAUGGAGGUCGUCGUCACCAGUAGACGUUUUACCAUACGGUCACGAUAAAGUUAGUGAGUUGUGUUUGCCAUCGAGCUAACGGCGCUGUUAGUUAGCAGCCCGUCCCCCCACAGUCCCCCAGUCGUGGCGGGUUGCCGUUGUGAGGAGCCAGCGUUACCGGAGAGGAGACACAGAAAUGCAUCGCGACGUAACUAUGGUUCAGGUGGUGGAAUUUGAGACUGGCUGUACGAGUAGUCAGCUUGCUAGGUAAAUCACUGGUUAUCAGGCUGGUUAGUCGCUAGCAGGCAGAUUGACAGCUCCGUUGCCCAACGCUAGCUGUUUAUUCGUUAUCAGCUGUCUUUGUGCUAGUCAGUUGGACAAUACAGUGCGACUCGAUGGAAGCGUACAGUAGCAUGCUAACAAAGCGCUGCUUUGUUGUUGGAUAGGGGGCAGCUGGCACCAACACACAGGCUUCACAGCUGAUAUUAUUGCUUAGCUUAAUACAGCAGUUCGCAGCCCACAGAGUGUUUUGGGGGGGGUACCCAGGCACCGUUGUGUUGCUGUCAAGGCUGUCGAAGAAGAGGAGAGGAAAAAAAAGAAGAAACCCUGCAAGAGACCCUGAAGGCAACCUGAUGACACUGGACAAUAUGAAGCCCGAGCGAGAUGCAACGGAGGAGUUUUUCGAAUACGACGCAGAGGAGUUCCUGGUGUUCCUGACCUUGCUCAUCACAGAGGGAAGGACACCGGAAUAUUCUGUGAAAGGCAGAACCGAGGGGCUGCACUGUCCGCCCGCCCAGUCGGCCAUGCCGCCACUUCACAAGCAUGAAUGCAGCGACAAACUGCCCCAGUGUCGGCAGGCGAGGCGAACCCGUUCUGAGGUGAUCCUGCUUUGGAGGAACAGCAUCCCCAUCAUGAUUGAGGUCAUGCUACUGCCAGACUGUUGCUAUGGCGAUGAGUGUCCCCCUAGUGACCCCAUCAGCGACCCGGUCAUCAAACAAGAUGCUCUACUGCUGGAGAGAUGGACCCUGCAGCCAGUUCCAAGACAAAGCGGCGAUCGCUUCAUUGAGGAGAAGACCCUGCUCUUGGCUGUUCGCUCCUACGUCUUCUUCUCCCAGCUCAGCGCCUGGCUCAGCGCCUCACAUGGCAUCGUCCCCAGAAACAUCCUGUACAGGAUCAGUGCUGCUGAUGAGGAGUUGGUGUGGCAGUUCUCCCAGCCACCUUCGGAGCACAUUUUCCCCGUCCCCAAUGUAUCCCAGAGUGUUGCACUGCAGGUUCGUGUCCAGUCACUCCCCCGCCAGCCCACCUACCCCACCCUGGCCUGCAGCAUCCACACCGGCCUGCCUCCACUUUACAGCAAGACCCCGAGCCUCAACCCGAACCUGAACAGCCAUGGUGGCCUGCCCACCCUCAAAAAGAGCCAAGACCCCAGCAAAGAAAACCUUGUUCAAAACUCUAACAUGUACAGCAAGAGCUCCAACUCCAUGUCUGGCCUUCUCCUCAAUGGAUUACCUAUUCCUAACCUACCCAUCAACAACAUCCCCAUUAAUAGUCUUCCUCAUACUGCUGUGCCACCUCCCUUCAGCAAGAAGAGCCAGGAGCCUGGGGAGGACCACACGUAUCAAAAUGGAGAGCCUCCGCAGGUCAGCAUCCCCCAACGUCAGGGCUCCCCGCUGUUCCACAGGUCCUCUCACUCCCCUACACCACCCCGCUCCCACUCCCCCUCUCCGCUUCCCACUAGCAAAGCAGGGAAGUGGCUGUACUCUGCUCUCAAUGGUUCGUCUGAACCCACACAAGUAGAGGACUUUUGUUCUGGCAACAGCAGUGACAGGUCAAAGGGGCCCAUCCCUGAGCCACUGAGAGCAUUUAAGAAUUUCUCCCUGGCAGAGCCACCCCGUUGCCCCUCCCCAAGGCCUGCUGCCACCGAGACGAACCCCCUGAUUGGCUCGCUGCUGCAGGAGAGACAGGAAGUUAUUGCCCGCAUCGCACAGAGGCUGAACUUCUGCGACCCCACAGCACCGCCACUCCCUCCCGGCCUUUUUGCUUCUGACAACCCUCCCAAAGCCAUGUGGGGCAGUAACCAUGAAGACAUAACUGCCAGUAAGACCAAAGAGCCUGAGGUACCACCCUACGAGUCUGUAGGACGUGUGUGGCCCAGCCCCUUCAACACGCCCGUGACUGACACCUCUUUCAGCAAACGGGAAAGCUCCUCCCCUAAACCUGCAGCCUGCAGGAAGCUGAAAAUGACUGAGACCAGAGACAGAGAGGAGGAGAGGAACGGAGAGAGGCAGAGAGAGAAGGAGAAGGAAAAAGAGAAGGACAAGGGGAGAGACAGCUCCCUGAUUGCCCAGGCAGUACAAGACAUUACUAGACUGAUCCAAGAGAGACUUUCUGUCCCCUCACUGUCGCCGAGGCACAGCAGGAGCGGCAGCCCCCUGCACCACACACAUACGACAACAGUCACACACACAGUCCGCACAUACUUACACACCGCACACGUCCCACAGGCCUCCUCACACACUGCCACCAACGGUUACGCCAAUGGCCACAUACCCAACCACGAACCUCACAGAGGCAACACGCACAUCUCCGCGCCCAUUUGCACAGACAAGCCCCGUGUCGAGACGGGGACCGAACGCCAUUCUCCCCUGGCCCAAAAUGGUGCUCACUUUACACUUGAAGAACCCUCAUUCAGAGGCCAGUCCUACACCCAAACUGGUCAGUGUUUACGAACUCCCCCACAGGAAAAGCUCAGAGUCAGGACACCCAGCAGCCAUGAAACCCCCUCUGCCUCCCAUGUCCUUGAGAACAGCCCAAGGAAUGCCCACAUCUUUAGUUGGACUUGCAGUGAUGCCAGCCCAGCCAUGAACUGUAACAUAAGCCACAACCACAGCAAGCCUCAGCCUCAGUACCAGUCCCAGAUGCAGGUCUGUGCGACAGCCCAGGCCACGUUCCCGCAGGAUGAGAACCAGGCGCCCUCGGAGUCUGGAUCCUCCUGUAGUCCAGACAUGACUCCCCCUACCACUGUCCUGCGAGCUCACAGCCCCUCCCCUCUACGUCCCUGCAACACCUGGAAGAAACAGAAUCGCCACUCAUUAGACGCCACAGCGACCAAGGCCUUCCAUCCCCGCACUGGCCUGCCUCUGCUCUCCAGCCCUGUUCCUCAGAGGAAAAAUCAAACAGGCUACUUUGACCUGGACACCUCUCUGGUUGGCUGUAAGGGUUUGCCUUGGGCCUCUGGGAAAAGGGUGUGUCCGAAGAGAGAGGGGUACGCGGAUGAGUCACAGCAGCUGUUCAGUGCCAGCGCUCCACCUGCCAGUCUCAGUCUGCUGGGAAACUUUGAGGAGUGUGUGCUGAACUACCGCCUGGAGCCUUUAGGGUUAGUGGACGGUUUCACAGCAGAGGUUGGAGCCAGCGGGUCGUUCUGCCCCAGUCACCUGACCUUACCUGUGGAGGUGUCAUUCUACAGUGUCUCCGAUGACAACGCUCCUUCACCAUAUAUGGGUGUGAUAAACCUGGAGUCCCUGGGGAAAAGGGGCUACCGUGUACCUCCAUCAGGAACCAUUCAAGUGACCUUAUUCAACCCCAACAAGACGGUGGUGAAGAUGUUUGUUGUGAUGUACGACCUACGAGCCAUGCCAGCUGGACACCAGACCUUCCUUCGCCAGAGGACCUUCUCUGUUCCCGUCCGCCGUGACACAAACAAUCAGACCAGCAGGAAGGCCCUCGGCCAUGGACGCACCUUGCGCUACCUCGUUCAUCUGAGGUUCCAGAGUUCUAAGUCUGGGAAGAUCUACCUCCAUAGGGACAUCCGUCUGCUGUUUUCCAGGAAGUCCAUGGAGGUGGACAGCGGUGCUGCCUACGAGCUCCAGUCCUUCACAGAAUCCCCCAUUGACCCGCCAUUCUCUCCCCGCUGCUGAGGCCCGGCUCCCUCCAGCCUCCACCACCGAAGCUUCAGUCACACCUCGAUGCCAGCGAUAAACUCUGACUCAGCCCACGGCGAGUUGAGAAGCAAUUUGAGGACAGCAGUGAACAAGACUCACCUGGCCGGUACCCAAAAUCUUCAGUUUCAUCCCCUCUGUCACCCAGAACUGACAAGGGCGGGGGGCUAAGAGGCUGGGAGACUCGUCAGAAAUGAAACCUUGUUCUCUGUCAAGUGCACGACCUUGGAUCAGAGAGUCUGGGUCAAAAGUUACAGUUAUUGAGCAUGUUUCAGAUCCUGUUCUCCUGGUUAAGAAGGCCUUACCAGAUAUGAGAAGUAUUUGUUUUUCCUGCUGUUGUGUGUAUCCCCUCCAGCGUCUGGCAGGAGAGUAGAGACCAGUGAUUGUCUACAGAAGCAGUUAGACACUUGAAUAAUUUCAGCAGAGUUUAGGCUACUUUACUCUGAUUACUCAGAUCAAAAUGUUAAUUGGAACCUCUACUUGACAUAAUGGAUAAGUGUUCAAUCUCAAUUAGUUUAAUUAUAAAUGCAAUAAAAGGCCCUUUUUAAUGGUUAAAUAAAACGUGUUUUAAAUCCCUGAAGAUUAGAUUGAUUGAACUGAAAGUGAACUCAGCUUUUUGACCCUGUGAUUCCUGAGCUCGGAGCAGAGGGAGGGCGUAUGAGACUGUGGUGAAACACCAUCCCCCUCGUUCAAAAGAAAAUGAAGAAAAAAAACCUUCAUACUACGGACCACGAAAGAAGUCGAACAAGCAAUCAAGCUCGAUUCAACUCAAAGCAUCACAGCAGAACAUCAGAAGUGCACUGUGGAUUAUUUUUUUCUCAUUCUAACUGGAAAUGAAACAGAAAAUAGUAAUAUUCUAAUACUUUUGUACUGUUACAGAACCACUUUAUUGGAAGUGUUGCAAUAGGAAGAGUAACCUUAGUUUAGUGUUUACACAUUCACUUUCAGUUUACUUAACCAUCAGUUUAUUUAAUAUUUAAAUUAAUUUUUCAGUUACUACUUGUGACGUCUGUCAUGCUAAGAUGAUGUAGUGCAAACUGUAUAUCAUAGUAUGUAUUUUUGACAUUAAUAUUCAAAUCUGAAAAAAAAAUAUAUCUAUAUAUCUUCUAAAGCAAUCUUGAAAGCUG